UGGAGGGAGGGGUGGUCAGGCCAGAGAACUUGUGGGAGUUGGUUCUCUCCUCCCACCAUGUGUCCUCAGGUCCCACCUCGGGUAGGUCAUCAGGCUUGGAGGCGAGCAUCUUCACCCUGAGCUAUCUCGCUCGCCCUAUUUAUAUUUUUAUUUUGUAAGUGAGGGUGAAGGAGCUUGUAAGUGUUGGUCAGAAGACAACUUCCAGAAUCAGGUUUUUUUUUUUUUUUCCAACAUGGGCUGUGGACAUCGAACUCGGGUCGUCACACCUGGUCGGCAGCGCUUUCACCCCCUGAGCCAUCUCCGCGGCCAGGAAACAGAUUUUUACCGAGCCUGCAGACCGGAUGCUGCCUAGGGCACAUCGCGGGAGAGCGGGAACGCAGGAUAGGGCUGGAGUCCGCCUCCGGCGCUGAUAGAACCCUACCUGCCGCAGCUCACCCACCGGCACAGAGGGCCCGGAAGCCCUCGCCGAAUACCCGCCAGCUCCCUUGGCGUCGCGGCGGAAGUGACCUCACGGCGGCUGUGUGAUACGUGGGACGCUUCCGGCGUCGUCGUCAGUGCCUGUGGGGUGGGCGUGAAGCACCUGGGUGGUGUUUUGGCGUACCAGGAUCCGCUUGUCUUGGUGUAGGGCAGAGGGCCGGGCGGACGGCGCGCAGUGGUUUCACGUCUGAAACAUGGCUAUGGAUUGGCUGGGCAGUAUUGUGUCCAUCAACUGUGGAGAUAGCUUGGGUGUCUAUCAAGGAAGAGUGUCAGCAGUGGAUCAGGUCAGCCAGACCAUUUCUCUCACCCGGCCUUUCCAUAAUGGAGUGAAGUGUCUUGUGCCUGAAGUCACCUUCAGGGCAGGUGAUAUUACAGAAUUAAAAAUUCUGGAGAUACCAGGUCCUGGAGACAACCAGAAUUUUGGAGACUUUCAUCAAACAGAAUUAGGCCCUUCUGGCGUUUCCUACCAAGUGGGUAUAAGUCAAAAUGGUACAAGCAAGGUGGCCAAGAAGCCAGCUUCUUCGAGCAGUGCCCCUCAGAAUAUCCCUAAGAGGACAGAUGUGAAGAGUCAGGAUGUUGCCAUUUCUCCUCAGCAGCAACAAUGCUCAAAGAGCUAUGUGGACAGGCACAUGGACUCCUUGAGUCAGUCCAAAAGCUUCCGUCGUCGACACAACUCCUGGUCAUCUAGUAGCAGACACCCAAAUCAGGCAACCCCAAAGAAAAGUGGCUUAAAGAAUGGCCAAAUGAAGAAUAAAGAUGACGAGUGCUUUGGAGAUGACAUUGAGGAGAUCCCAGACACAGAUUUUGACUUUGAGGGGAACUUGGCCCUUUUUGACAAGGCAGCUGUGUUUGAGGAGAUUGACACCUAUGAGAGGAGAAGUGGCACCCGUUCCCGGGGUAUCCUGAAUGAAAGGCCUGCUAGGUACCGCCACGACGAGAACAUCCUGGAGUCGGAGCCUAUUGUCUAUCGGCGGAUCACAGUACCCCACAAUGUGAGCAAGGAGUUCUGCACAGAUUCUGGCCUAGUGGUGCCAAGUGUUUCCUAUGAGCUGCAUAAAAAGCUGUUAUCUGUGGCUGAGAAACAUGGACUCACCUUAGAGCGGAGACUUGAGAUGACUGGUGUGUGUGCCAGUCAGAUGACAUUGACUCUCCUUGGAGGACCCAAUAGGUUGAAUCCCAAGAAUGUCCACCAGAGACCUACAGUAGCCCUGCUGUGUGGGCCCCAUGUGAAGGGGGCUCAGGGUAUCAGUUGUGGGAGGCACUUAGCCAACCAUGAUGUGCAGGUCAUCCUCUUCCUACCCAACUUUGUCAAGAUGCUGGAGUCCAUCACCAAUGAACUGUCUCUCUUCAGUAAAACCCAAGGUCAACAAGUAUCUAGCCUCAGAGAUCUUCCCACUAGCCCUGUGGACCUGGUUAUCAACUGCCUGGAUUGUCCCGAGAAUGCCUUCCUGCGGGAUCAACCUUGGUACAAGGCAGCUGUAGCCUGGGCCAACCAGAACCGGGCACCAGUGCUCAGCAUAGACCCUCCUGUGCAUGAAGUUGAACAGGGCAUCGAUGCCAAAUGGUCCCUAGCACUGGGCCUGCCUCUGCCUCUCGGGGAGCAUGCAGGCCGAGUCUAUUUGUGUGACAUCGGCAUUCCCCAGCAGGUCUUCCAGGAGGUGGGCAUCAACUACCACUCACCCUUCGGCUGCAAGUUUGUCAUUCCUCUGCAUUCUGCCUAGAGGGACCCUAGGCAGCUGGACCCUGUAUUCCCCUGCACUUCUGCUGCCAAACCUGACAACGGACGCCUUAAGGAAGUGCUUUGUGGACCUUGUAACAUCUCUUUGGGGUUUAUUCUGAGAACAGAACAUACUUAAAAUUUGCCUGCCACCUACCCUUAACCAAGGAAGGCUUUCUCACUGGUAUACAGGUCAGGGGCAGACCAGUGGCUCCAGGCAUCUUUCCAUCCCACCUUGCUCUCCCCUUUCCCCCAAGUGGGGCUUUGUUUACAGAUAUAGGCAGCUCUCAGACUGUAUUUCAGGUUUACAGCCACUGGGCCUGGGCUGGCACCUUGAAGGGUCCCCACCAUAUUUCAGAAGGUUUUGUGUCUCCCUUGUUUCCCCCAGCCCUGUAGUCCUUCCUCUUAAUCAUGUAGACCAGGCUACAUGGCAGCUGUUCAGAAGAGGGCAGCUUAGAUACUGAGCUGUUUGACAGCUUUCCCCCAGGGCCACAAGUUUUUGUGAGCUUUUGGUCCUUCAGAGGUGUUCCAGAUUUUUUUUUUUUUUAAUUUUAUGUGUAUUUGUGUAUCGCCUGCAUGGAGGCAAGUGCACCAGUGUCGUGCAACGCCUGCAGAGGUCAGAAGAGGCUGUUGGAUCCCCUGGGACUGGAGUUUUGGACAGUUGUUAGCUGCCAUGUGGGUGCUGGGAUUUGAACCCAGGUCUUCUGCAAGAACAACCAGUGUUCUUAACUGUUGAGCCAUCUCUUCAGCCCGUGUUCCAGAUUUUAUGUUGGAAAUUUUUCUAGUGUGUUACUCUAAAAUGCAGGGAAGGGGGUGUGCCAGGAUUACUGUGGUGGGACUUUGGGUUGCUGCUUUUCUGUUGUCUUUAGGAUAGGCUUUGUACCCAUCAAGCCACAGAGCCCAUCUUGACAGCAGUCCCCUCCUGCCAGCUAGGGUCUGAUCCUUAGGGUGCAAGCUUUAAUGUCAGUAUUGGGGGGGCCCUGGGGGAGCCUGGUGCUGAGCCACAAGAAGGCUCCCUGGUGCUUAUGUCCUAGGCCAUUACUCCCUACCUCCUUGCUUAUAAACAUCACCCAUCUUCUGUUCCCUCUGCUGGUCUCUGGAAAUGGUCCUCUGCAGCUGUCCUAGGGCCCCUCCCAUCUAGGCUCCACUCCAGCUCUUCUGUCUGGGCUUUAAUCUUUUCUGGUUGCCCUCUCCAGAUGUUCAGGCUUAAGGCAGCUUGUCUCAAAGAUGCCAAAAAUGAGCCCAGUUCUAGAUGAGCUUGCUAGUGGGGCUCAGCCAUGGGAUCCUCAGGAUCUUCCUGGACUUAGACCCUAUAGGCUAGUGGGAUAGGAAUCAUGCCUGGAGCCCUAGCAGAGACCCUUGCUUGAUGACUUGCGUACUUUGAAGCCUUUUUCCAGGCUAGCUUCUGUUCUGUGUCCAUCACUGGUUGAGAGGUGUAGGUAGGCAGGCAAGCUUGCCAGUGAGUUCGGGCAUAGGAGUUAUACCAUGAGUUUCUGGGCUGCUUAUCUCUUUUCUUGUAGGAGCACAGCCAGGAAGAUUAGGCUUGGCUGUCCUUUGUUCUCAUCUUCUCUCCACUGAUAUCUCCAGCCAUGGGAAGAAGCCAGGGACUGGGAGCCUCUGCUCAUUUUCAGGACUUUGCAGUUUCCAAGCUGGGCCCCUCUCUAUAGUUAGGGUCACAGUUGGGACAGCAGGCAGCCACUAUAGGUUCCAUCUGCCUGGCAACACAGGCUACUACAGGCACAGUGGAAAAUGAGCUAGAAUUGUCCUAGGAACAGCAAGCAUUGGGACCUUGCAGUGUCCCCGGAAGUGAUAGCCUUGUUAAAAGGCCUCUCCUCUUCCUGCCUUGUGCCUGGGUCUCCCUAGAAUUAUUAUAGAUGUGACCUCCUAUCUAUCUGCAGCUCUUUUCAGAGGUUCCUGCCCAUUAGCCAGUCUCAAUCAGGUAGUCAAGUCUUGUUGGUUGGUAAUUCAUGCAGUUCUUGGGGAACCAAAAGCCAGCACUACAAUAAAGCUGAGUGACAGAG